ACGGAUAGUUCUGUCAAGAAGUGGAUGUUACUAAUCAAUUUAUUUUGCUUUUCGUUAGUAAUUAUUAGACAAUUGUAGGGAGCUUUGUAGUCCGUUUGACACUAAUAUAAUCAUGGCUAACGACGAUGUGCUAAAACAGUACUUAUCGAAGUAUAGGAAUCGUGAUUACACGUCUCGGGAGGUAAUAGGUGUGAUUCAAGUGUAUAGAAGUCUGACCUUUCGCCUGGAAGCCUUUGUGUUCAACAAUGGAAGUAGGAAGGACUUGCUGAACUUAGAGGGAACGAUUCCCGUCAAUUACAAGGGAGCCUACUACAACAUUCCCGUAUGCAUCUGGCUAAUGGACACUCAUCCUCAAAAUGCGCCGUUGUGUUUCGUCAAGCCUACACCAGACAUGUCAAUCAAAGUCUCCAAAUACGUAGACAGUAAUGGGAAGAUUUACCUACCAUAUUUACACGAGUGGUCCUCGAAUGGGUCUACAUUACAGAAGCUCAUACAAUGCAUGAUCUCUGCCUUUGGUGAGCUACCUCCAGUAUAUUCAAAGCCACGCAACGAGGCGAGAGCUCCGUACCCAGUCAAUUCUUUUAUGCCGCAACCACCUGGUUACCCGUACCCGCAAGUUUCUCCUACACCGGGUUAUCCAACUGUGACACCUUAUCCAACAACUUCAAACUUGCCCUACCCAAGCUAUGGCACUCCAUAUCCUGGGGCAGCUAGCACUAAUGGUACACCAUACCCGCCAGCAGCUUCUGCCACGCCUUACCCACCAGCAGCUGGCUAUGGUGGACCCAGUCCUGAUGUUGGUGGCGGCACAAUAACUGAGGAACACAUCAAAGCUUCUUUGUUAUCAGCUGUGGAAGAUAAACUGAGGAGAAGACUGAAAGAACAGUCACAGCAGUCACAGGCGGAGCUAGAGACUCUGCGCCGUACACAGCAAGAACUGAGGGAGGGGAAGUCACGGCUGGAAGACAUACUUGCAAGACUUCAGAGAGAAAGAUCUGAAUUAGACAAAAAUGUGGUUGUUUUACAAGAAAAGGAAAGGGAAUUACAGUCAGCAAUUGAGCGUCUGGGAGAACAGGAAGGGAUUGACGUGGAUGAAGCAGUGGUAACAACAGCUCCACUGUACUCACAGCUCUUGAAUGCUUUUGCUGAAGAAGCAACUUUGGAAGAUGCUAUUUACUAUAUGGGAGAGGCUCUGCGCAAGGAGGUUAUUGAUCUGGACACAUUUUUGAAGCAAGUACGUACUUUGGCUCGUCGCCAGUUCACUUUGCGUGCGUUAAUGCAUAAAUGCCGACAAAAGGCUCAGCUGGCAUGCUAGGAAUCUUUGCAGGAAAGGUUACAGUGAAUAUAAUACUCUAAAUUGGUGACCCAAUCAGACAGACUGAUGUCACGACCGUGCAGCAACGGGGAUUUGAACUGAUAAGUAAUAUCAGUAUACAAAUAUGGGUUAUCAGUGAAUGGCUUUGUUAUCAAUUAUGUGCACUGUAGGAAUGACUCAGAAGCCAAAAUUCUGUUUACUAAUACUGUUUGCUUUCUCUUGCAACUAUUGCUUAUUUAAUGCUACUUUUUACUUGCAUAUCAUUUGUUCAGAGUAAACUUGUAAGGUCUAGUUGUAAUUGUUGUAACCCCUAGUUAUCCUGGGACAUCAGUUUAUAUUGAUGUGAUAUAUUAUAAUGUAAUUGUAUUUGAAUCUUUACCAAAUGGAUGUUGAAUUCUUUCUAUAUAAUUCAGUUGUUAUUACAACAUAAUAAUAGGAGUUACAUCACUUGAUCACUUGUUAAAAUUAAUGAGAUGUAUAUUUUGGAAAGCAUCAAAUAAUUAUAUUGGGUAAUUAUAAUAAUCUUUAGGGACUUGGAUUUUUAAAUAAUCAUUCAAAAAUAUCACUUAUGAAUUUCUUGGCUUUUUACUAUUGUAGGAAAACAUAGACAAUAAUAAAUUAGCCUCUGAUUUAAUUUCAUUAGAAUAGUGUUGGGAAAAAUAAGCAAUUUUAUUUUGUGUAAUUUUAUCUACUACUUCAAUGUAAUAAGACUUCAAUUUUCCAAAAUAAAAACACCUUUACUUAGUGUGUUUCAGCAAUUUCGCUGCACAAAAUAAUGUAAUAUAUAAUGCCUAAUAUGUCUAUAUAACUAUUUGAACAAGAUCAAUGGAUGUUUAAAUUAGAGACACUAAUAUGAAAUUUACACAGGCAGGAAAAUCGGCGAUUAAGGGUGUUGGGUUGGGACCCUGGCUCGGCGACAAUAGAUGGAGUGUAGUGGUAAUGAGGGUCCCAACACCCAGGGAUUUCCUACACCACGUAUUGUAGUUUGCAAAAUUUGUUAGAUGAAAUACACAAUACCUAUGUGCCAUGUUGAAGGCAGUGAAAGUGAAAAUGAAUAUGUGUAAUAUUAAAAUAAUUCUAUAAACAACUUCAUAUUUAUCUAAAGCCCCCUGUGACCUAGGUAUUAUCAAACGAAUUAAGCAUUUGAUUAAUCUACUGUUAUAUUGUAAUUACUUGCGUAUUUAUUAGAGUAAUUUUCUAUCCAGAGUUUAUUUUUAAAAAGCUAGUUUAUUAUGGAAAUUUAUUUAAUGUUUUUUCUCUUAUAUGAUUUUGUUCCUUAGUAGAUGUACAGUGUACUGUCAAAGUUACAUAAUACUUAAUGUUAGCCAUAAUAUAGGUCAUUCUGAGAGAUUAUUGUUAAUCAUUUUUAUAUCUUGACGAAUGUUCUACACUGUACUCUGUUUCUACUGAAGUGGAUGAAGCAUGAUAAUUGAUUAUUGUAAAAAAUCCUCCACUCUGAUAAUAUGUAUGCUUCCAAUAAGCAUGAACAAAGUUCAGAAGAGUAACAACUAAGAACUACUAAGGUCUACUUGCUUACAAUAAGGGAGACUUGGGAUAUUGUAAAAGCCACGAUUGAUGAACUGUUAAGCCUCGUUCACACGAGAAGCACGAGAGACGUCACGCGGCGGCGCGGUGCGCGGGGCGUUUUCUUCGUUCAUGGAGUGGCGACGCGGCGUUAUGCCAGACCUACCACGGCAUUCAAUGCGUCUUUGUCCCUGGACAUGUUAGACAUAUUAAAAUGCACUUAAAAUUUAAACAAACUCUAGGAACAGAGUAUACAUUUCAAAUGAUGCCUGAGCGUAUUCCUAAAAGGCUCGUUUGAGCUGAUCGUGUAGAGAGUAGCAUAAGUUUUGCAACGCAUAUGUGCAGUCCACAGACUGGUUUUGUCACAAUAAAUAUUGAAAAUGUA